ACCCUUUCCUCCCCAGCGCCUCCGGUGACUCACUCCAUUCCACCAACAGAGAGCCGCUCCGUGGUUUCCGAGCCGCUCCCCGCCGCAGUGGGAGGAAGUCGAACUACAAAGCAAGCAGUGGCUCUGUGCUCGCAAAUAGACAGAAAAAUACGGAGAAGGAGGAUUUCAGCGAAACAUGUGCCAUAUUGGAGCCGUGGGACGAACAGCUUAAUCGAAAGAAGCGGACAUCACCGAUUGGCACUCGGCCCGGAGGCUGCGGACGGAGACCUGUUUGAGGCUGCAGCGUUUAAGCAGCCAAGCGAGGGUUCCGCGGGGACGGAGACCUGGUAGGCAGGCUGGAGAGGCGCGGGGCGGCGCGGAGCCCGAAGACCUGCUCGGCUCUGCGCCUUUGAUUUCAGCUCUGAGACGCACGCCAGCGUCGCGUUAUUAUUAUUAUUACAGUUAAUUUUACACGGCCUGGUGUGGCGAUAGUUACAGUUUGGCUCGCCGCGAAAUCAGCCAGCCACCGUUCACAGAGAGGAAGAAAAGUUAGCGCUUAACAGGCGAACCACCGCUGACCAGCCGACUUCCAGCUCCCCUCCUCCAUCAUCGGCGUCACCGUCAGCAGCUCUGUACUGGGUCUCAAGGCGGGGAGGGUCCCCUUAACUAACGCUCGGGGUAACUGGACAACCAGCUAUGGAUUAAUUUUUUGAAAUUUUGUCCCUGUUUUUGAAUUCACUGGGCUGUCGAGGACCGUUUCGCGGAAACGCUGCAAGACUUCCCCAAUACGAGUCCCCAGUUUGCUCGCGGCCGUUAGCUUAACGUUAUUAAGAAAAUCAGCGUUUGUCUGCCUGCAGGUGACUGUCUUUGCAACCAGAGCGUUUUUAUGUGUGUGCUGAAGUCAAACAGCUCCAAAUAAACGUGCAGGGGGCUGCUCUGUGUCUCAGUGGGUAGUUAGCCUCGUGGCUAGCAGGUUUCAUUUUGCUAGCUAGCGUGGUGGCUAACUAGCGAACGAGCCCAAAUAUCGACCCCGGUGGCGGCUGGAAGCACUCGGCUAGGCGACGCUGGAUGUAGCCGCUGAUUAUUUGGUUUCACACCUUUACGCCCGGGCAGCAUUUGGUGCCAAACGCCUCGAAGGAGUUUAAACGCGUCUUUUAGGGCGACUUUUUGUGUGUGUGUGAGAUUGACGAGUCACUGAAGAAGGUUUUGAGCCCCAGCGCUACACAGGAAGCCGCCGUCCAGCAGCGCGGUUCGGAUACUCUGGCAUGCAGAUCAGGAAUCCCGGCUCGUCCUGAACCACUGCUGCACGCUUGUAUUUCUGCCAGUACCCUCCUGAGAGACUAGCAUUUCUGCUGCACCGGCCGAGCACCCUGAUGGUCCAGCAGCGGCUCUCCAUUCUCCAUGCCCCCGUCCUCGCCGAUUAAGACGCGGCGUGUCUGAUUCUGUGUCACAGGGAAGGAGCCUGCCAUCCCACUAAGAUUACAUUUUUUUCGGCAGCAGUGUUUACAUUUUCAGGAACACCCCCUCCUGCCCCCCGCCUCCCUCCUGAGGCACAUGUCGCACCGGAGACAAACCAGUGGUUUGGACACACGAGGAUCAGGGAAGUCCCCGGAGACCUGUAGAGUCUGACAUAUCCCGGUGCAUCGCACCGAUCUGAGACACAUCCCGGCUCUGCAGGCUUUCCCCCCGCACUAAAUGGGAUUACAGGGACGGUGAUCUAGCGGGCCUGCUUAUUGCACACUUCGCAGCUAACCCUGACCCCUGCCUCCCCUCAUGACUUUCCUUUUUCCUGUCACAAUGAUGCUAGUUUGAACAGACUUGGAGCCGCAGACACCGCCGCCGUUUGCCAGUACCCGGCCAGCCCAGCCGUCCGUUCAUCCGGCCGACAGCGCGCCUUGGCCCUUGAUGUUGGUCACAUCUGGCGGAGGACGUUGUUUUUAGUCCCCUAAAUCAAAAGCCACCCUCCCCAGCCCGCUUAUUUAAUCGAUUUGGUCGUCCCAGGGUCGAAAGAUGGCGGACCUCGAAGCGGUACUCGCCGAUGUCAGUUACUUGAUGGCGAUGGAGAAGAGCAAAUCUACUCCCGCGGCCCGGGCGAGCAAGAAAAUCAUCCUCCCCGAGCCCAGCAUUCGCAGUGUGAUGCAGAAGUACCUGGAGGAGAGAGAUGAACUGACAUUUGACAAAAUUUUCAAUCAGAAAAUUGGCUUCCUGCUGUUCAAGGACUUCUGUAUGAAUGAAAUAGACGAGGCCGUGCCGCAGCUCAAGUUCUAUGAAGAAAUUAAGGACUACGAGAAGCUGGACUCGGAGGAGGAACGGUUGAGCCGCAGCCGGCAGAUUUACGAUGUUUACAUCAUGAAGGAGCUCCUGUCCUGUUCACAUCCAUUCUCUAAGAAAGCAGUGGACCAUGUGCAGAGUCACUUGGCGAAGAAGCAGGUCCCCCCAAAUCUCUUUCAGCCAUACAUCGUGGAGAUCUGUGACAGCUUGAGAGGAAACAUCUUCCAGAAGUUCAUCGAGAGUGACAAAUUUACUCGUUUUUGCCAGUGGAAGAACGUGGAGCUCAACAUCCACCUGACCAUGAAUGACUUCAGCGUGCAUCGGAUCAUCGGCAGGGGCGGCUUUGGAGAGGUGUACGGCUGCAGGAAGGCAGACACAGGGAAAAUGUAUGCCAUGAAGUGUUUGGACAAGAAGAGGAUCAAAAUGAAGCAGGGGGAGACGCUAGCGCUCAACGAGAGAAUCAUGCUGUCAUUAGUCAGCACAGGGGACUGCCCGUUCAUCGUGUGCAUGACGUACGCCUUCCACACCCCUGACAAGCUGUGCUUCAUCCUGGACCUCAUGAACGGGGGUGAUCUGCACUACCACCUGUCUCAGCACGGCGUGUUCAGUGAGAAAGAGAUGCGUUUUUAUGCAGCUGAAAUCAUUCUGGGUCUGGAGCACAUGCACAACCGCUUCGUCGUCUACAGAGACCUCAAGCCAGCUAAUAUCCUGUUGGAUGAACACGGUCAUGUUCGUAUCUCCGACCUCGGUCUGGCCUGCGACUUUUCCAAGAAGAAGCCCCACGCCAGUGUUGGCACUCAUGGCUACAUGGCUCCAGAGGUUCUUCAGAAGGGGACGGCGUACGACAGCAGCGCCGACUGGUUCUCCUUAGGCUGCAUGCUCUUCAAACUCCUCCGAGGGCACAGUCCCUUCAGACAGCACAAGACCAAAGACAAGCACGAGAUCGACCGCAUGACGCUCACCAUGAAUGUGGAGCUGCCAGACUCUUUCACUGCAGAGCUCAAAGAUCUGCUGGAGGGGCUGCUGCAGAGAGAUGUGUCCAAGAGGCUCGGCUGCCAGGGCCGGGGAGCCUCUGAGGUGAAGGAGCACCAAUUUUUCAAAGGCAUUGACUGGCAGCAGGUGUACCUCCAGAAGUACUCUCCUCCUUUAAUCCCUCCCAGAGGAGAGGUGAACGCUGCGGAUGCUUUUGACAUUGGCUCUUUUGAUGAAGAGGACACCAAGGGCAUCAAGCUGCUGGACAGUGACCAGGAGCUGUACAAGAACUUUCCUCUGGUCAUCUCAGAGCGCUGGCAGCAGGAGGUGGCAGAGACGGUCUACGAAGCGGUCAACUUAGACACCGACAAGAAUGAGGCUCGCAAGAGGGCUAAGAACAAGCAGCUAGGCCACGAGGAGGACUACGCCUUGGGUAAGGACUGCAUUAUGCACGGCUACAUGCUGAAGCUGGGGAACCCGUUCCUCACUCAGUGGCAGCGCCGGUACUUCUAUCUGUUCCCCAACCGUGUGGAGUGGAGGGGAGAGGGCGACACGCGGCAAAACCUGCUGACCAUGGAGCAGAUUGUGACGGUGGAAGAAACGCAGAUUAAAGACAAGAAGUGUAUCCUGCUGCGCAUCAAAGGAGGGAAGCAGUUCGUGCUGCAGUGUGAGAGCGACCCGGAGUUUGUGCAGUGGAAGAAGGAGCUGACCGAAGCGUUCACAGAGGCCCAGAAACUUCUGCGCCGCGCUCCCAAAGUGAUCGGGAAGGGCCGGGCCGGAGUGGUGGAGCUCUCCAAGCCUCCCCUCACACACCGCAAUAGCAACGGCCUGUGAAUACACGAGAGCACGCAUAUACAUGAAAACACAAACACAUGCACUCACCUUAACACACACACACACACACGCACACACACACACACACACACACACACACACUGCAUCCCACCUCCUCCCUCCUCAUCAGCUGCGAGACCCCUGCCCACAUCACCUCAGUGUGUGUGUGUGUGUGUGCGUAUGGAGCCGAUGGCACACACAAUGACGACCAAUCAGCGCGAUAUAGUGAUUUAUUUUUUUUUGUUUUGUUUUGCCCGUGGGACCCCGCCAAUCAGCGAGAGGAAGAACGAACUUUGAAGACAGGAGAGAAACGUGAAGAAGCUCUGCAUGAACUUGACAAGGACUAACGGCUGGUCCUCUUUCUGUUUACCCCUCUUCACCCAACGCCACAUUAAUCAGGAGGUGUCCUCCCACUCUGUGUGUGUCUCAGCAGCCUGAUGGACUCCUCCACAGAGCCAAAGCUCUGAGACCGGGCUAACACAGAAUGUAGAAGAAAGGCUGCUCCACCGGUCCCCCCCCUCUACAACACUCCUCCCUCAGUUACUGAAGUGCGUAAAGUGCCAACAUCAAUGUUUUACUUGAGUCACCUGAGCACCCAGGGGGACCCGCUCUGGUGGCAGAUAGCACCCCAUCCCGCCCUCUUGGAUACUCACGAGUGUUUGUGGAAAGCUGUUGAUCAUUCCAGUGCAGAAAACAGGAAGGACCACACUCCUUCACAUUGGCUGUCGUGUAGCCAGUUAUCACAGACUGAGACUCCAUUGGCUGCCAAACAGCAGCUGGUUGCUAUGGCAUCCAUGAAGAUGGUGUACCUGGGAACAGUAACCAUGGACCACGGUGUAACUAUUGUUUAUGAAGGUCACACUUGCAGAAGCAGAGGAGCUGUGGGGAGGCGCUGACUCUUAAGUGUACAUAAGCAUCCCUUUGUCUGUGCAUCCCCAGUGUUUUAGUUCAGUGUGUUCACUUUAUCGGGGCCGCCACUGUCUGCCUGUGUGGGAAUUUGUUUUGGGGGGGGGGGGGUUUCAGAGCGGCGGGAGGAGGUGUGGGGUGGGUGUGACAGCUUUCAGGUCACUCGCAGAGCUGCGUUACCUCAGUUGGACUGUGUCAGACUGAGUGGGCAGGAGGCUUUGUAUCGUCCCGCUCACACACAGGCGUCCCUGCAGGUUUACAGUCAGCUGUUCGGGGGGGGGGGGGGCUGAAGCUAAUUAAAGGAAAAAUCCACCCUUGAAUCCACCAGCUAGCUGUCACAGAUUUUGAACAUGAUCUCAUGUUCACGGCAUUUCAGGUUUUCUUCUGUUUUUUUUAAAGUGAAUGUUAAUCUGAUACUGUUGGUGUACAUUUCCCAGAAUACCCUCCAGAGAGCAGGUGAAUGCACCUCGAUGCAGGUUCAGGAAAAGCACGAACUGUAAGAAUUGCCGGUCACUGAUUUUCUUAAUUCGAUCUGGUGUAUAAAACAUCCUUCAAACGUCUCCCAGCUGGAGCAUGACUCCACACAGCCUCACGCUGAGUGGCUGAAACCAUUGAAUCAAGGUGCCCUUAUUUUACAAACGUGAUCCGAGUCCACAGGUUCAGCCCGGACUCCUCUGUUUGGCUGAACACGGCCCCCAGUCUGAGGCUGAGUCUGUCUGUCCACCUAAUAUGGGCCCCAUGUUCAGUGUGUUGUGGCAUUGGGUCCACAUGUGGCCCCUGCUGCACUCGUGCACUCGUGUCUUUUGGGGCCCCUCUGUGGCCUCAGAUCAGUUUUUAGUGCAGUGGUCUGCAGCACCAGCAGUGUCUGCUUCCUGCCACUGCAGUGUUUUCCUCUGCCUUUUCACCAUUUUAGGAUUUAAUUUGCCAUGACUGACACAGUUCAGAUGAGGUGUACAUGUUUUUUCCUUUCUAAAUUAUUGGGCUUUUUAUAAUUUCACCUCGCCGGCAUUGAAGCGACGGGCGAAAACGGCGGUGGCAGUGUUACACGGCGAGCAGCAGAGGAGCGGGAGGACGCAGCGGUUUACUUCACGGGUUUCUUUUUCAUGCAGUCCUCGUCUGUGAUGAUGUCCAUGCAUUUCCAGAGCUGUGACUUCAGUGGGGAGAGGGUUCGAUCAGGGGUGCUCUGUGAUCACUUUUUUUCUUUGUAGCCUUUUCCAGUCAGGGGGAGAUGUUAUCGUCUUAUAGAGAAAAUUUUCACCUCUGAAGGUGUCUUUUAUUUUUGUAAACCAAAAUGGUCUUUAUUGUUUUGAUUAUAAUUUCUGUUGUUGCACCUUUUUAGCCCGAUGUGUUACUUAAUAGAUGUUAAAUGUGCCAAAUAACUGUUGCUGAUUGAGUGGAAGCCUCCUUUCCACACUUCCCGGCUCUGGAGCCGCCGCCGCACAUGCACGCACCCACACACAAACGCCGGGGGGGUGGGGUGGGGUGGGGGGUCUCUGGAGGGUACAAAACUGUGACCAAACAUUUUUCCAUAGGUGUGUGCGCACACACACGCACGUGUGCCCUGGCUUUCACACCACGAUGCCACCGGGACUCGCACCAUCCACCUCUCCGUACUCGUCCUCUUUCACACUGUAUGUGCGUCGUGUGUGUGCGUGCGCGAGUGCACACGAGCCUCAGUAUCGCUUUGUAUGUUCAGCCAGUGGACUUUUUUAUUUGUGUGUCUCUCACAGAUUUUCUGCUCAGACUCACUCAGCAUAGGCAACUUCAGAAGGAUGGCGUGUAGGAGAGAGGAAAAAUCAAAGUAUAUAUAAAUAUAUGUGUAUAUGAAUGACACAAAGCUCUAGGUUUAUUUAAAAGAUUUAAUGUAGAAAACAAAAUGAAUUUGUUGGGGCGGUCGGGGUUUGAUGUGAGUAUAAUUGUUCGUGGUGAAGACUUCAGCUCAGAUCUUGCACAUAAAGACUUAUUAGAGAUAUCGUACCUGCGAGUUCCAGAUGAUUAUUUUUGUUUCCAGGCCGGACUCUUUGCUCUUGGAUAUUUAUUGCGUGUGGUGAGCUCUCUCGCGCCGUCUCUCCUCCACGCUGCCGAGCUCUCGGCCGACAGCUCGCUGUAGAAGAUCCUCCGGUGUGCGCCCGUCAGAAACUCCUCUUUGUUGGUUUUGUUUUCAGAUGCCACAGACAAACAAAUACUACUGGCUUUGGGUUAUUGAAAUUAAAGUCAUAAUACUGAUAUAUAAUUGAUAAUAUUAUUCAGUGAUUAUUAUAAAAUUUAUUUUAUUUCAAUGAUUAUUUUUGUUUCUGACACAGGUAGGACGUUGCGUGUCGGACUGCUUGUAAAAACAGUUCAUGAAUAAAAAUUCUUUUUCCGUGUC